UACAGAGUUCCCUGUUUGUAGCUGCAGAUACCUGGGUCCCACCCCUCUUGAUUCUAGUUGGCCUUUUCUGCAGGGCUGAUUCAGUUGGAAACAGUUCCCUGGUAGGCUGGUAACAAAUUCAGGGGACAGUAAUUAUAUGAAGUAAAGCCUCCUCUGGCAGCCAAUGCUCUCUUCCCCAUGCCUUUAAGGAAGGGACUUCCUGUAAGGACUCCUUCUUGUUUGUGUGACGCUGACAAAGUGGUUUGUGGCCUGCUCUCACCUUCCUCAGCAGCCGUCACUGAUCAUCUCCAAACAUCCAGCUCCAGACCCCACGGAUUCUCUUCACAAGCAACCUGGGAGGACAUUGGUGACGGGUCACUGCCUUCAGUCCACACCAUGGGGCAUAAUGAUGUGGGUAACCCCUUAAAAAGAAGAACAAGAUGCUGGGGCAUUUACCGAAGGAGAUACAACAACUGGUCUGAACAAAUUAGUUCUGGCAUUCAUCCUUCAUCCCACCAGCAACAAGAUGGAGAUCCAGCAACAAAUGGUGCUCACAUGAGCACCCGAGUGAGAUACGCUCCCUAUGCUGUUCCACCAUGUCAUCGGAGAGGCAAUUCUCAGAAACAAGACCAAACCCAGACUAACAUGGAGGGAGAGCAAAAGCCUCCAGAGAGAAGAAUGGAGCAGGAGAAGCAGGAUGAGACCACAGGGAAAUGGUUCAAGAUCAUUGUGAGUUUUGGCAUCAAAUAUGAUGAGAAGUGGCUGCUGGAUCUGAUUCAGGGACAAUGCAGUGUCCCCUUCACCCCAGUUGAGUAUUCAUAUGAGAGAAUGCAGGCCCAGUUUUUUGUUGAGGAUGCCAGCGUUGCCUUUGCACUGAAGAAUGUCAACGGCAAGAUCUGGGAUGAAGCUAAUGAAAGGAUCUCUAUCUUUAUCUACCCCUCUGACACACCCCACUCUGUGCAGAAGGAGCUGAAGUCAGUAAAGGUGGAGCAGACAAAGCUUUUACCCUUGAACCUGAGAAACAAGACACCCUGCCAACUGGAUGGCCUGUCUGACACUGUGCAGAAUGCCCUGGCAUUGAACUUGAACCUCUCCAACAGUGAGGUGAUGUCUUUAGAGGAGCUGGACGAGGGCAAAAGUCUGCAGCCAGAAGAGAUGACUGCUGACAGAAGCACCCUGUGCACCGCCUUCCCUGAUAAAUCAACCAACAUAAGCUCCAUCCUGGAAUUGUUUCCCAAGUUAUUACGCCUGGACAGCCAGGAGUCACCUUCACCAACCAGCAUUGGUAUUGCAGCCCACAAGUGGUUACCAACCUGCAGGGGAAGCUUCUUUGGAUCUGAUGCCCUGAAGCGUCUAGUCCUGCAAUUCCUGCAGCAUUACUACUUGAUCUACGACUCCAGAGACCGUCAGGGUCUCCUUGGUGCCUACCACGAAGAGGCCUGCUUCUCCCUGGCCAUUCCCUUCAGCCCCGAGGACCCAGGCCCAAGCAGCUUGUGCGAGUACUUCAAGGAAAGCAGGAAUAUGAAGAAGCUCAAGGACCCCUCCCUGCGUGUUCAGCUGCUGAAGCAUACAAAAUGUGACGUCAUGCGCUCCCUCUGUGUGCUGCCCAAAACUCAGCAUGACCUCAGCUCCUUCGUGGUGGACAUGUGGUUCCAGACGGAGAGGAUGCUCUGCUUCUCUGUCAACGGGGUGUUCAAGGAAGUGGAAGGCAUGUCUCGGGAUUCUGUUCGUGCCUUCACUCGGACCUUCAUUGCUACUCCUGUCAGCAAUUACAGUCUAUGCAUCGUGAAUGAUGAUCUGUUUGUGAGGGACGCCAGCCCCAAGGAGACCCAGAGCACAUCCUCUGUCCCAGUGCCCACACCCUCCUGCAGCUCCUGGCCCACCCUUUGCCAGAAGCAGCAGGAAAUGGGGCAGACUUUCUCCACCCAGUCUGGGAUGAAUCUCCAGUGGUCUCAGAAGUGA